UGAAAUUAUUUUUUGACUGAUUGCAAGGUUAUAUUUGUUGCAUUUCCACGAUUUCCACGAUUUAUUCUGAUUUAUUCUAUAAUGAAUCUUGUGUACAGCCGUAUUACAUCUCGCAUCGGAUCGCUUAUACUUACGAGAGAUGUGUCAGUAUGUUGUUGUAAGCAAAAAGACAAUUUUCAAGAUAACAAUUUAAUUCAUCCGGAAGGUCGAGAGCCUGAUAUUCCACGUUACGUGGAACGAGAAGGAGAAAAUGCGAAUCUCAAACGAGCACGAUUGACAUAUCAAUCUCGUAAACGUGGCAUGCUGGAGAAUGGUAUACUUCUUAGUACCUUUGCAAACAAAUAUUUGAAUACAUUUGAUGACAAACAAUUAAGAUUAUAUGAUCAACUUAUAAAUUUACCAUCCAACGAUUGGGAUAUAUUCUAUUGGGCGACUGGUGUCAAACCAACUCCACCUGAAUUUGAUAAUGAAGUGAUGGACUUGCUGAAAAAUCAUAUUCAGAAUGAAGACCGACAAGCUAGGAUAAUGCAACCAGAUUUAUAAAUAAUACAUUAUGGGUUUUGAUCUUCGUAGUACUGAAAGUCUAUAGUCCACUUAAUGUAUAGUUUCAGCACUGGCGUGGUGUAGAGUCCUCUAGGGACUCUAUGCAGUCAAUAUCGGAACGCACCCUAUACAGCAAAUGUUAAAAGACCUAACCUAAUGUAACUUAAUAGAUAUAAUAAUCUAGACACUUUGAACAUAAACCUGUAUUAAUCUUAAAUACAAAUCAUAAGCAAUAAAAAAUUAUUGAAAA